AAGAAGUGCAAAAGAAAUAUUGUAUUUUGCAAUUAAGUAAAAAAACAUAAAAUAAUUAAACCACAAAGUAUCGGGCUAAAUGCAAACAAAGAAUCCUACUUAGUAUAAGUAUAAUUAAAUUAUAUGAAAGUGCAAUACAAUUAUUGGUAAAAAUGAAACAAAAUUUUAAGUGAUGUGAAAGUUUAUAUUCAUGAGUUUGUAGAUGCGUGCGUGUGUUUUUUGCAACUAAAAAAAAUAAGAAAAAGUAAAUAAUUCCGCAGACGUAAAAAGGGGGCUAAAGAAGCAAUAAAAUUAUAUGAAAUUUAUUUAAAUAACAAAUAAAAAUGUGUUUAAGCUUAUCAAUAUAUUAGUAUAAAUUGUUUAUGUUUUUGUUUUCUUAAGAAAAAAGUGUUGAAAAAAAAUGUUUACUGUAUAAACAACAAGAACAAACAAUAUUGUAUUUACUUUUGGCUGUUACCCUGACAACAACAACAACAAGUAAAAUACUGUCGGCUACGAUUUUUGUUAUUUGGAGUGGUUUAUGUGCUAGUCGUUUACGUUGCUAUUAACAGAGUGACUAUUAUUCACACCCAUUCAUUCAGUCAGUCAGCCGCCCAGUCAGUCCAACAACAUUGUCCUUAUUUCAACUGGAAGCCGGAGUAUUUUGCCGUAAACAACUUCCUUGUUUAUCAGGCGUUUCGGGUCAUGCUAAUUACUGUAUUCCGUCAACACUAUUUUAAUCAUCGGAAGGUUACGUUACAUUGUCAAAAUGGCUUUGGCCGUUUCAUUGCGUAGAGCUUUACUCAUGCUACUCACCGCCACCAUAUUCGUUAUAAUGGUCUUGUACUGGAAUCAGGGUGGCAUCAAACCGCAAUCAUACAUUAACACAUACGAAAAGUUGGCGGGCAAUCAUGAGCAAUUAAAUGAAUUUCCAAUACCCGUCGAAAAAAUCUGGACCUACAAAUGCGAAGGUGACAAAUGUGUUCGCUAUCAUUUUCUCAGCAUGCCGAAGGGCGAAAAACGAGUGCCUUUUAUGACCUGUUCAAUGACAUGUGGCGACAUUAACAUUUGGCCACGUCCCACCAUUAAAACGGGUGUUAGUUCUAAGUCACUUACCUUUUCCAUGGACGAUAUACAAUUGCGUCUAGACACUCCCUACACACAAGUGGAGACACAUUUUCGCCAAUCGUUUGAAUUGUUUCUCAAGGAUCUAAGGCGCAUACAAAGACUAGACUUCAGGGAAGAAAUGCCCGAGGUAGCUGAAAAGGGUACUGCCAAUGUAGAACCCAAUAGUCCGGAUAAUACACAUGAAGCCAAGACCAGACAACAGCAGAGACGUUUUGCGGAUGCCGGACAACAUGAGUCACAUCGUUUGAGGGGUGAGAAUAUAGCGGCUGCUUCAAUAUUGGCCAAUGCAUUUGGUUUGCGCAAACACAAUGACAUCGAAACGUUGACGGUGAAUGUGGCCAUACAUAAAUUUGCCGAUAUGCAGUUGAGUUUUGAAACAGAUGAAAGUUAUCAGCUAACAGCCAGUUAUGAGAAGCGACACUAUAAUGUACAAAUAACAGCCAAUUCAUUUUUUGGUGCCCGCCAUGGCCUGAGCACAUUACAGCAACUCAUUUGGUUCGAUGAUGAGGAAAACCAGCUGCGCAUUCUGUCCAAAGUUGUGGUAAUCGAUGCUCCUAAAUUUAGAUAUCGGGGCCUAAUGUUGGACACUUCACGUCAUUAUUUCUCAGUAGAGGCUAUAAAACGCACAAUUGCCGGCAUGUCAUAUUCAAAACUUAAUCGUUUCCAUUGGCACAUGACCGAUUCACAAAGUUUUCCCUACAUAUCCAAAUACUAUCCAGAGUUGGCGGCCCAUGGCGCCUACUCAGAUAGAGAAACGUAUACGGAUGCGGAUGUAAGAGAAAUUACAGCAUUUGCAAAAUUACAUGGUGUACAAGUGAUACCGGAAAUCGAUGCGCCCGCACAUGCGGGCAAUGGCUGGGAUUGGGGUCCCAAGCGUGGCAUGGGCGAGCUGAGUUUGUGUAUAAAUCAACAACCUUGGAGUUUUUAUUGUGGUGAACCUCCUUGUGGCCAACUUAAUCCUAAGAAUAAUAAUACGUUUUUAAUUUUACAACGUCUCUACGAAGAGCUACUUAAUUCAACGGGACCCACCGACUACUUUCAUUUGGGUGGCGAUGAGGUGAAUUUGGAAUGUUGGGCUCAGUAUUUUAAUGAUACCGAUUUGAGGGGACUAUGGUGUGAUUUCAUGUUAAACGCUAUGGCUCGUUUAAAAAUAGCUAAUAACAAUGUGGAACCAAAAAUAGUAUCAGUCUGGUCGAGUGGUUUAACCAACACUCGCUGUCUUCCUAAAGCACAAUUUGCGGUACAAGUUUGGGGCGGCAGUACUUGGCAGGAAAAUUAUGAUUUACUCGAUAAUGGUUUUAAUGUGAUAUUUUCUCAUGUGGAUGCCUGGUAUUUGGAUUGUGGUUUUGGAAACUGGAGGGCAACAGGGGAUGCUGCCUGUUCGCCGUAUCGUACUUGGCAAAAUGUUUACAAACACCGUCCUUGGGAACGCAUGCGUUUAGAUAAAACCAGAAGAAAACAGGUUUUAGGCGGCGAAGUUUGUCUUUGGACAGAACAAGUUGAUGAAGGUCAACUGGAUAAUCGGUUAUGGCCCAGAUCUGCCGCUCUGGGUGAAAGAUUAUGGUCUGAUCCCGAUGAUGAACACGAUAUCGAUACAGUGCCACAAGAAGUCUUCAAACGCAUGUCUGUAUUCCGCAAUCGUCUCGUUGAAUUGGGUCUUAAGGCCGAACCCAUAUUUCCAAAAUAUUGUGCUCAAAAUCCUGGUGAAUGUAUUUGAUAUUUUUUGUAAAUAUUCUAAAUAUAUAAUGACAGCUGACAGAAUGUCAUUGUCAUUAUACAAAAUCAAUCAAGUUAUGCGAACCACAGCAGCAACAACAACAAAAAAAGACUUCAUAUAUGUUAUGAAAUGUUAAGAAUAUUUUUAAUUUAAGUUUUAAACUAUGUUUCUCCUCUAAACCCUUAAAGUUCUAGAAUUUAUACAACAAACUAAACAAAAUACCCCAAAACAAAGACAAGCCAAAUAUCAUGCAUGUUUUUUUUUAGAUUUUAGGAAUAUUUUCUACAAAACAAACAACAAAAAAAAUGGUUUCGUAUUGAAAUUUUUUAAAAGAACUAAUAACACAUUUUUUAACACUUUAUAAUACUGGAAAAUAAGAAAGAAGUUAGCCCAUUUUGUUCUACAAUAUAUUUUUUUAUUUGUGUUUUUUUUUUUUUGUUAUUAGAAUAAUAUUAUAGAUUAUUUUAGUUAGAAUUACAACUCAUACCUCUAUUUUUCUUUAUUAUGUAUAAUUUGUUUGGAUUAUUUUCACGCACAUACACACUCACAUACACUAAUACAAAUUCUAACACACUUUUCUCAAAAAAAAAAAAAAAUUAUAAAGAAAAAUCCUAAUGAAAGUUGUGUAAUUAAGAGUAUAUGGAUUUAGAUUUUAGAUUUCUUUGUAAGAAUCUUAAAAAGUAAAGUAAAACCGAACAAAACAAAAGAAAAAAACAAAAUAUUAUUGCUAAGAUCAGGCUUAGAAUUGAUUAAACGAUAAAAGUAAAAGAUAAAAAGAAUAUUUAUAUAUUUUAAUUUUUGAGUGAUACCAGGUGACCUUAAAUAAAUUCAAAGAAUAAAAAUUUAUUAAGAGAGAUAUAAAAAAUCAUUACAAAAAAGCCUAAACAUUUAAACAAAAUAGUAAACUAUUUAAAUAUACAUACAACUUUAAGUUUUUGUUAUUCAAA